AUGGCGAGAGUAUUACUAAUGCUUAUUUGUUGUCAUGCACAGAGACAGUUUGCGCAUACUCAGGUUAGGGGAUGCUACCCGUCCUUCAUGGCGCAGUUUGAUAGUUUGCACGAGGAUCAAGUUAUUUGGGAGCCAUACUCGCCUCAGGCUAUAUCAUCGAGGUACCCAGUUGGGAUUUCUGGAUUGUGCACUAGAGAUCGGCACUUUUGGAUGACCAAGGCCAAGUUGGUGUUCGACGUGAUGGUUGAGGAGAUGUCUCUUCAUAGGGUGAUGAGACAGUUCGGUCUAUAUCAACAGCCUGAGAUUCCAGUUAUUCCACACUUGCCAGACCACGUGCACAAGGACAGUCGCCUAGGAGGAAACAAGUCCAUGUCUUAUUGGCUUGAGAGCAUUACCCCUUACGUUGACGAAUGGACUACCGCUGCGACAAAUAUCUGGGGUGAGGUUCGGCCCUUUAACUGGGAAAUGUUCGGGUUGUAUCUACAGCGUUACCGGCAUACAACGAGGAUCUACUUGGUUCCAUCAGCUGCUCCUGAUCAGAUCGAAGCCCCUCUCACCAGCGACAUGUACCCAACUGCCUCUGUUGUGGGAACCAGACCCCACGCGGUAAAUGCCUUGGUUCUCAUAUGUUAA